AUGAAGGUAAUUAGCCUCCUUUCGCUCUUUAGCGCUGCUACGCUCGCUCAUCCAUCGGGUCUUUGGUGGGGCACUGAUCAAUGCUAUUCCAACCCUGAAAAUACCGACAACUACUGCUUGGAGGGCCAGAAAGCUGGGUUUGACUGGUCUGACCUCGCUGACGGGGAUUACUGGAGCCCUGAGGGCUUCAGCUUCGUUGGUUUCUCGCCUAAGAGCAACUGCCAGGCUGCCGGAACAGUAAGUUCAUAUCACAUCUUUCAAGCUGUUUAUUCUAACAUUUCAAAGGGCAGUUGUAUUGGGGGAACGCUAUCCCGAGACGAUGACUGGACAUUGAGGGUGGAUUCCGACGCCGCGCCAUUCUCCGUCCGCGAUUUCCACCUCGCAACUUCCCGGACUACCGAUGUCCUCAUUACCUACAUCCUGGCUGAUGGCUCAUCAUGUCACCAGGUUGCUACGAGUUCUCCGGAUGGCCUCGAUGUUUACAACGAUCAGUGUGGUGGCGCGACCUCGGUAGAGUUCAGACUCCCGGAAGACAGCGACUUUGGUGAAUGUGAUAUGGACAUUCAUCGCAUCAACUUCGAUUGCUCGCCUGGACCGAAGCCUCCCCUGACUCCUUCAAUCUCUGCUUCAUGGACCCCCAAGCCUAGUACGAGCACUGUGGUGGAGGUCCACACGUUUACUUACACUGAGACCCCGGUCCCGACCCCGGUCCUGACCACUUCCACAGUGUGGACUACCACGGAGGUCACGGUCACCAAAUGCCCUGCCGUUGCUACCGACUGCCCUCCUCACUCUACGAUCAUACUCACCUCUACGUAUAGUUUGUCAACCACUGUGUGUCCGUCUACUCUCCCGGAGACUGGACCUGAUUACACGACGCCUGCCGUUAAUGUCCAUUCAACGACAAUUACACGCACUAUCCUCGUGACGCCCACGACGGUGGCAACACCACCCGCUGUUUCGCAGCCUUCCUGCCCUGAUGUGGUUCCGAAGUGCAUAAACACUUGGCUCACCAUGCCUGAGUGUGAUUCGAACAGCGAUACUGCAUGCUUUUGCCCGUCUUCCAUGUUCACGCAGAAAGUCACGUCCUGCAUCAAUGCAUGGGGCAGCUCCCAGGAGGAGAUCCAGUCUGGGCUGUCGUAUUUUGCUGGCAUUUGCGCCCCCUACGUCCCGAUCAACCCAGCUAUCAUCGACAUUGUCCCAACCAGCACAUGCUCGAGCCAUAUUAAUGAGUCCACGGGAACUCCCACGGCCUCGGUCAUCGCCACUACGCCUCCGCCACCCGCCGACACUCCCUGCACUACCAUCACCUGGUAUACCCAGACAGUAACCGUACCUGUGGUGUCAUUCUCUACAGUUACUGGUCACUCUAUCACAAGAGUGAGCUUGAUCCCUGGUAGCUGGACUACGGGUACCCCUGGCCAUGGCCAGACUCCCUGGAUGAAUAGCGAAGACUGCAUGACACCAACUACGCCUGUCGAAACUCCCACGACCUCUAGCGAAGACUGCAUGACACCAACUACGCCUAUAGAAACUCCCACAACGACUAGCGAAGACUGCCUGACACCCACUACGCCUGUCGAAACCCCCACGACGACUAGCGAAGACUGCACGACGCCAACUACGCCUGUCGAAACUCCCACGACGACUAGCGAAGACUGCACGACGCCAACUACGCCUGUCGGAACUCCCACGACGACUAGUGAAGACUGCACGACGCCAACUACGCCUGUCGAAACUCCCACGACGACUAGUGAAGACUGCACGACUUCAACUACGCCUGUCGAAACUCCCACGACGACUAGCGAAGACUGCACGACGCCAACUACGCCUGUCGAAACUCCCACGACGACUAGUGAAGACUGCACGACUUCAACUGCGCCUGUCGAAACUUCCUCGACUAGCACUGACUGCACGACUUCAACUACGUCUGUCGAAACUUCCUCGACGACCAGUACUGACUGCACGACUUCAACUACGCACCGCAGGACCACCAAGACUCCUUCGAUGACCACCUCAAUGACUUGCACAAGUACCCAAACCACGGCCGCAGCCACUGCGUCUGGAACUGGCAUUAUCACUUCCAAUGAUGGGUCGAGAACCAUCUCUUCCAGCAUCUGGGUCUUCGGUUUUACCUUCUUCCUUCUCUUCCUCCAUUGA